UUGUCAAAGUCAAAAAUCAAAAUAUCUGCAAGUAAAAAAGAAUGCGAAUUUCUAAAAUAAAAACAAUUCUAUAAUUAUAGGUAUAAAUUGUAAACUAUAGACAGUAAACACGUUUUUUUUUGUCUUAAAAAAUGGAGGAUGAAAUUGACGACUGCAUACGGAAAAAAAUACAAUGGCAGCAAUUGCCUGGGAAUAUUAAAAAGAUAUUAAAUGACUCUCCUAAGGAAUACGAGCGUUAUGUUUUCGAAUUCAGUAUAAAAAAUCAGCUGAGAUACCGAGGAAGCUUAGUUCGAACAGUAAAAAAAGAUGAGAGAAAGUAUUACGAGGCAUUGGUGCAGAGCAGUAUACAGAGGCUCAUGCUCUACCCAUAUCACCUAGCAGACAUGAUUGUUAAAGGUUUAAGGAUAACUCCAUUCAUAUAUUACAUUGAAGUGGUUGCCCUGCUGAUAGAACUUGAGAAGAGCUAUGAUACUAUGCCUAAUUUCACUGCAGCAGAUUGUCUACGACUACUAGGAAUAGGUCGUAAUGAAUAUCUGGAACUGGUGGCGAAAGCCCGAUCUCUGGGAAGGCGCGGCAGGUCGAGAGCUAUACGCUCUUUGUUACCGCGCGUGCCAUUAAACAUACCUAUGCAACCAUGGUGGCGUGUUGAGUUGGGCUAUGUUUUAGAAGAAGAUGUUAAGCCGCUAAGUGAUAAAGAAAAGCAAUUAAUAGACUUGCUGAUCGACCAGGGCUCACAGACUGCCGGCACGUUGGACUAUCAUGUUGUCAAAAUGUUGUACAGACGCGGUCUGAUAUAUGUGGACGUGCCUAUAACGGCGGCGGACAAGGUGUCGGUGCCGCCGCUGAAGGGCUUCGUGAUGAACCGCAUCGCGGGCGACUACUUCGAGACGCUGCUGUACAAGGUGUUCGUGUCCAUCGACGAGCACACCAGCGUCGCCGAGCUCGCCGCUGUGCUGCAGGUGGAGAGCGAGCUGGUGAAGCAGGCGGUGUCGCUGUACUGCCGGCUCGGCUUCGCCAAGUGUCUGCAGCCGCCGCCCGUGACGCCGCAGCACCCGUCGUGGCGGGACGCGCUCACCACGCACUACCACCAACCAUACAGACAAAUAGCUCCGUUAACUUUUGACCCCAACGUAGACGAGGAAUUGCAGAUGGACCCUGUGCUUCUUAAAGAUGAACCUUCUACUUCCAAACAGCAACGGCCACAAGACACCACAGACGCGUUGACCAACAACGCGGGCCAGAGAGUGGCGGUUUUGUUCGACUCCACGCUCGCCGCGUACCUCAUGAUGGGGAACUUGUCGCCUGAUCUGAAAAGUCAUGCGGUGACGCUGUUUGAAGUGGGCAAACUGUGUGACGAGAGCUUAGAUAGUCUACUCAUAGAAUUGGACAAGGUGGUAGGCGACUCAGAGAUCGAAGGCGAGGCGCGGAGAUACCUGGCGGCCGCGGCGUGCCUCCGCGUGGCGCUGCGCACGCUGCGUCCGACGCUGCGCCCGCUGGACCUGCUGCGCUGUGAAGCGCUGCACGCGCUGGACGCGCCCGCGCGCACUAGACUACUCACUACUAAGUAUAGACUGGCUAUCUCCACGGCGCCCUUGAGCCGCGAGGCGCGCGCGGGCGCGGCGGCCGGCUCGCUGCCGCACGUGGGCCCCGCGCCGCCCGAGGCCUGCACCCCGUGGAUGCGUCUCUACCUGUACCAUCUGGCCGGCUACGGACCCCCCACGCUGCUGCUCACUAAAGGCACAGUGCUCCGCGGCGUGCCGCGCUGCCUAUUGGGGUUCUCGCGGCUGGCGGUGUGGUGGUGGGGCGCGGAGGGCGAGGCGGCGGCGCUGCCGGCGGCGGGCGCGCUGGGCGCCGCCAACACAGCGCUGCGGCGCGGGCCCGUGCUGCUGCAGGCGGCCGGCGUGCGCGCGCCGCCCGCGCUGCGCCACCUGGCCUUCCCGCCCACAGACAAACAGCACGACGAGCUCCAGAGCUUGUGGCGCAAGCACGCGGGGCUGCGGCGCCUGCUGCGGCGCCUGCGGCUGACGCGCUCGGCGGGCUACGUGACGCUCGCGGACAUCGGCGUGCCGGACCUGGGCUGCGCGCACCCGCCCGCCGCCGUGCAACUUGUUGUCCCAAGAAAGAGAAAGGACAUCUGCGGUAUAGCUAAACCUGUCAGCGAGAUUUCCAUCUCCUCCGACGGUUCUCCAAAAGAAAGCACAGAGUAUACACAAAACGUCAGCAACCUCCAGUCACCCAUAGAGUCUCACUUCGCUGUCACCCCAACAACUGAGAGCAAGACCGGGUCUCCAGCAAACGGCUUCACUAGCAUCGACUGUGGAAAGUUACUCUGCGAAGAACUUGAUAACUUAAACAUCGAUACACAUCGAAGCAAAGAAUCUAUUGUCAGCGAUGAUUUCGUACCCAUACAUUCCUCGAUCAGCUUCGACGAUUUAAAAGACAGUAGACAUUCCAAAGAGAAUUCCAUAAGCAAAGAAUCUAUUUCCGAUGAGUUACUAAAAAUUCAUUCCCAGUUGUCCAAUGAAGAAAAAAGAGUAAUGUCCGAAGAGCAGUUGUGCGAUAAACUAAACGAUUCACCAAGUGAGAAAGACAAGGUUGCCAGACUAGAAAGUCAAUUUAGUCAGAAGAAGAGUGGGAAGUCAGACAACCAGUUGAGCGAUUUGUUCAGUCCGGCGGACGAGUCGAUAUCGAUGUUCACUCAGUUGUCGGACAAGUUGACGGAGAUCACGAACGAGGGCGACAGCGGCGUUGACACGGCGCACAACAACUCUGACGAAGAGACUUGUAAACCAGAGAAAUGGACAAUUCUAGAUCUACAAUUCGGCAUUCCAUUGUUCGAUGAGGAGUUGUGUGAAAGGGUGUGCAGCAACAUAGUAGAGAAGAUAGCAAAGCCGGAACUGUUAGAAAAAGUGAGAGAAGACAAUGAGUUCAUACGAACAGAGGUGUUGAAAUUUGUUUCACAAUGUCAGUAUUAUCCUGGAGAAGAAAUGGGUAUAGUCAAACGUGGUACGUUGGUGCCUCUGCCGAGGAAAAAUCUAGUUUUCGAGAAUGGCCGUAUCAGUGAGUGGACCGGCAAGUGAUGAUGUCCUCUGAACUUGGGAUUUAAAUAAACGAGCUUGGAUGAUAUGUUGGGCCAAUACAGUGAGGCCAAUGUCGUAUAUGGCCAAGUUACUGUUUCAGCAUAGAAAAUGCCCACUCUUUACAUUGGCCAAUGUGUUGGCUUGGCUAUCAUAUAUGGGAUUUAAAUAUACGAGCAUAAGGUUGGAUGAUAUGUUGGGCCAACGCCAAGAUACUGGAUCAGAAUUUAGGCAAAUGCCUACUCUUCACAUUGGCCAUUAUGUCGACGUGGCUAUCAAGUAUGGGAUUUAAAUAUAAAAGGGUGUGGAUUUUCAUUAUUCUCCUAACAAGUUAGCCCGCUUCCAUCUUAGAUUGCAUCGUCAUCGAAUGAGAUGGCAGUCAAGGCUAACAAAAAAAAAGAAAACAAAAGAAAGAAAAAACACAACGUUGGCCAACAAAGAGCGGGCAUAACGUGAUAGAUAUUAGAGUAUUGACCAUAACCAGUCGCCACAAUGUUGGCAAAUGUGAAGAGUGGGCGUAAUAUUGGAAUCAUUUUUUAAUGAGAAAAAUAAUGGCCAACGCGUUGGUCCAAUUUGGUGAGCCGAUAUUUUAAAUUAUCGCGUUACUUGACCAAUAAAUUGAGCCAUCAUAUACUGCCAAGUUGAGCUUGGCCCAGUGCAUUGGCAAACAAACUGUCCAACGUAUAGUGAUACAUUCAUUUAUAUUCUAGGAAUUAUAUAACAAUGAGAUUAUAUUUAUUUAAAGUUUAUUAUGUUAUGAUACCUUUUAAUUAUUUUUGUUAUGUAUUAACCAAUCGUACAUAUAAAUUAUCGGGUAAUUUGUUUACUAGAUAGGUACUUUGAAUGUUUUCAGCUCGUCUAUAUUAAAAAUUGGCGUUUAUUUGACAUUUGUAACUUAAGAGUCUUUCACACUGGUUGAGGCUUUUAAUGUAGUACGAAAGAACGCUUGGGUGAAUAUGCCAUAGGGCAAUAUAGUGAUUGAAUUAGUUAUCGGUAAAAAAAUUAAAAAGAAUCAACCAUAUCAUUAAUAAUAAAUUUUACUUUUGACGAGCUUUGACAUUAAGAAACGAAACCAGAACUUAACGUAACGUAACGUAACGUACUCGUACGUAUUGUAGAAUUAGGGUUUACGUCAGUUUUUGGUGGCUAUUUAGCGUACCAGUACGAUGCCAUGUAGCAACCAGUCUAGGACACCUUGGAAAUCAAUCACAGACUUCAUAACAUCAAGUGGGAAGUCUUCCGUGACUUUGUCUUAAAAAAAACUGGUAUUUUAUGGUUAUCAAGACUUAGUAUUUGUGUUACUUACAAAUUGUGUUCAAAUACGUGAAGCCCGAUAAUGUCAUUUAUAGUCUUAAAAUACGUAGGUAUUGUUGUGAAAAUUAUAUGCCGCUUAUAUUGAAUGCAGUAGGUAACCAUUGUAUGUAGUUGGAUAUGAAGUUGGAAUUUAAAAUGUAUAUACCUAAAUUAUAAUGACCACAAAGUACCUUAACAGGUAUUUCUAAUGUUAUAAAGAAGAAAGAUUUUUAUAAAAAAAAGUAGAUCGUGUAUUUGCUAAAUAAUCUCUAUGUUCCAGUGAAAGUCUCAGUAAAAUCGGCUUAGCCAGCCGUUUCAGAGAAUAGCUUACACAAACAAACUGACAAAAAUUUAAAAAUGCUUGUUUGUAUUUCAGCUUCAUGUAAAUAUAAGCAAUUGAGAAAAUGCAGUUAUUUUAAAGACAGAUACUUCAUUUAUUUAUAGAUAUGUAUUUAUGAUGAUAUAUAAAAUAAAUAAAUACUUAGGCAUAUGUAUUGAAUGUGCUUUUAGGAUUUGUAUGUGUUAGUAGAUCCAUGAUACAUUGUCGUCCGAACAGUUACCUAAUUAAAUUGCAUGUACAGCAAAGUAUACUUAUUUGUGUAUUUACAUCAUAAAAAUAGUUUCUAUAGGUGAAGAGUUUGAAAAGCUAUUUAAUAAAAGAGAGAUCUUUAUAAGUCAUAUUCGAUAACUUUAUAAUAGGAAUAAUUUAAACACUGUAAACUAUAAAACGAAAGCGUAGUGUAUUCUAAUGAGUUUUUGUUAAACUGAGAGUAAAGAAAAUUUUCGUCAUUUUACGUGUAUUAAUUUUUUUUUAAUUUCAUUUUUUAUUAUUUAUAUUGAAACUAGUAACAAUAACUAAUACUGGUCACGCUCAUAAAAGUAUUCUCGAAAAAUAAUUGAGUUUACACUUUAGGUACUCACAACAAGAACAAGAAUCACAAAAAUAAUAUUAUACUUGUUUACUUAAUUUUGUGUGACAAAAAAUUUACUCGUAAUUUCAUGUUAUUGGUAUUUAAAAUCUAAUUUUAAUACAUUCAAUCGGUUGCUAUUUUCUGUUUUUCCAAUAUUUUGUAAAUUCUAAGUUCCAAAGUAAGUUAACGUUCUAAGUUAAGUAAGUUAAAGACCCACAACUAUUAUCAAAAUGAUUGAUUUCACAAAUGUUUUUUUUUUAUUUUUAUUUUUCAAACGAAUAUUUUGAAAAAUGCAACAUUAUACACAUGCAUGUUUAUUCUACCAUUAGCAUAUAGAUAAAAUAGUUAACUAAAUAUUAACUAAUUACAGAUUUAUUUUAUUUAGAUAUGUAUUUCAUUUAAAUAAUUAAUAUAUUAUUGCAUUAUAAAUAAUAUGAUAAAAUAGUUUGCGUCCGGUAUCUUAGAUUAUAUAAAUGUAUAAACUACAAAAAAAUCAAAUAUAGAGAACAAUUUGUGUGGCCAAGAAGUACAUAGUUAAUUCUAAAAGUUUAAUAUUUUAUUUUUUGCCGCGCAUUUACAUCAUCUUGCCUACCAAAGAUUUUGUACUAUUAGACAUGUCACUAGCGCGAAACUGAAGCGAACAAAGGUGGCUAGUUGUCUUAAUUUCAUUUAGUUGCGUAGAUUGUUAUUUCUACAAAUAAUACCUAAAUAUUGUCGCGUUAUUUGUUCAGGAAGUGUAAAAACUUUAGGUAUGUACCUAUAGUACGAUUAUUAAUUCCAGUCAGUAAAAUGACAGAUGCAAGUGUUACUGAAAUGUCAUUUUAUUAGUUAUAUAGCAUUUCAGUGACAGUUUCACUUGUCAUUUUACUGACUGGAAUUAACCCUCCGACUGUACAUAGAUGUAUAAUGUAAGUAGGUAUACGCAAAAUUGUGCGCAAAAGUCACGUUCAACAUAUCUAUAGUCAUCAUCAUCUCCUUACCCUUAUCCCACUUAAGUGGGGUCGGAAAAAUAUGUCGAUCUUUUCCAUUCGUCUCUAUUACUCGUCAACUCAUCAUCCACUCCUUUUACACUCAUGUCCUCUUUCACACAAUCCAACCAUCUCUUCUUUGGCCUUCCUCUCCUCUUAUGUCCUUCCACUUGCACAUUCAACAAUUUUCUUGUAAUAUGAGUGAUUUCCUCCCUACGCAUUACAUGUCCAUACCAAGCUAACCUCCUACUCCUCAAUUUUUCUGUCACUGGCGCCACCUUCAGACUUACUCUUAUAUACUCAUUCCUUAUUUUAUCUAUUCUUGUCACACCACACAUCCAUCUCAACAUACGCAUUUCGUUCACAUGCAUUCGUUUACUAUCCGUCACCUUAUACCUUCCCUUACACAUAUAUUUUAAUUGUUAUAUAGAAGUGAGCAUUAAUUUAUUCCAUUCCAAAGUUAUAAUUUAGUGUAGCAUACAUAUUUGUUUUGUAUACAGUUAUAUAAUCUGAGACUCGAGUUGGAUAUACUCGUGUUUUUCUUAUGUAACAAAUGUAUUAAUUUUGUUUUUAUGAUAAAUAAAUUUUAAUUAAGUUAUUUAAUUGCUAAUGGAUGGAACUGUUUUUAUUAUGAAACAUUCAAUAGUUUUAUAUUUAUCAUUUAUUUCUUAAAGAAAUAUAAAUUACUUAUUUGAGUUGUGUAAUUUUACUUUUGGUGUCAUGUUUUAGACAAAUAUUUUUCUAAUAGCUAAAUUAGAAAAAAAAAAAUACUAAAAAGACCAAAAGGUUACUUAGUAAAACUGCAUGAAAAAGUAAAAUUGCAACAAUUCUUUGCAACAUAGAGGUUUUUGAAAUAUAAAUAAAUAAAAAAUAAAAAUUAUUUAUUAAUCACACAGUAACAAAUUUCUAAUACAAUAAAAGAGUAUAUCCGUCCAUUUUAUCCAUUUGGUAAAUACAAGUAUAAAUUAUCUGUUCUCUUGUAUCUUUGAUAAAACUUUGUUCUAUCCAUUAAAAUAUUGUUUAUUUAUAAUUUAUAAAAAUGUAGUGUAAAUUAAAUUUAUAAAACACGGUUAAAACUCAAAUGACACAACGUAGGUCAUACACCGACGUCACGUGGGUUUUAGCCGUAUUUAAUAUUCUGUAAUAUGUUCUAUCCAUUAGAAUGCUCUAUACAUUAGAAUGUUCUAUCCAUUAGAAUGUUCUAUCCAUUACAAUAUUGUUUAUUUAUAAAACACGGUUAAAACUCAAAUGACACAAAGUCGGUCAAACUGCGAUGUCACGUGAGUUUUAGCCAUGUUUUAUAAUAAACUAUCGUGAGUGUUAUCCAUAUCUUUACUUUUUUAAUAUAUAACACUUACAGUAGUUUAUUUAUGUAAAAAACUAGUGUAAUACCUAAUGUUUGUUGCCAUUUAUAAGUUUCCAAAUUAUUUUAUUACUAUUUGCAGUUGUGAUAUGUAGUUGAAGCAUUAAUGUUAAUGUGUAAUAAGAUAAUAUUAAUAAAAAUGUUUGUAAAUAA